CACCGUCCAGGACGUCCUCGUGCCUCCUGUUCGUCGUCCCCGUUCCCGCCGCCCACUGCCGCCCCCGGCUCGCACGCCCGGCACCUCUCCGACGAGAGCACAUCCGGAUCGCCAUCUCCCGCCCGCUCUCCCUCACCCCUACCUUCGUCUGGCCCCGCUCAGCCCCAACUUCCACUCCGGCCCCGCCACCCCGCGUGCGGCCCGCCCGCAAGUCCUCCCGCGCCAAUACCCUCGCUGCCAUCCAGCACGUCGCCUCCGAGGACGCCCACGCUCGCCGCAGACUCCCGCUGCGGCUCCAUGAUCCUCUACCGCAUCGCCAGCGACGACCUCGGCGCCCUCACCUCGCCCCCCUCCCAGCCCAUAUGGCCUGUCUGGACAGAAAUGCGGCAGAUGAGCGGGGUCGCCCGUGAAGAACACUUGCGAGCAAAACACUCACCGGCUCUUCGACAAAGCCUGCACCCCGGACGGCGAGCACGACAUGCCGAGACGAGUGCUCGUCAGAGACGCCCAGUUCAUAGUCGCACCACGACUCACCUCCCACGACGUCCGCGACACUCCAUACGCGCUCUGCAAGUGUUGAGCCUAGAUAGCAACGCGGCAGACGAGCAGAGUUGCAAGCAUGCGGGACAUCCAGCCCGAGCCAAUCACCAUCCACCUAAGCACCCGCCCUCUCGCCCACCCUGCUCGCCGGACGGUCUUCGUCGGUCGGGGACGCGAGCCGGGUUGUCCAGCAAACCGCGGGAGUCCGGAAGACGAGAGAACCACACUGGAAGCCGGCGUGGGUCGAGGGCGGCGGCCGUCGAGUCUGGAGCAAACCGGAUGGAGUGUUUCGGACAGCGGUCUCUCGUACCGUCGUUCGUAUCGGACGGCUGCACAAGAUCGGGGGAGACGAUGGGGAGAUAAACUCGGCGGGAUGAGGAGUGACCGCGGUGAGGUCAGUAGUGGACGAGAAGAGGUUCACAGAUGGAGGCGAGGAGGUACAUUUUGAAGCUGCCCGGAUGCAAGGUGUGCUUGUCCGUGCGGACCACGGGACGCACGCGGGGAUAGAACGACGUAGUCGUUCGGACGCGAAACGUUGAGCUGCGGAUGCAGGUAAGCAUUACCGCUAGGAACGAACUCUGGACAGGAAACAUACCUUCCGAGCCACAGACCGUCGUGUACGCGCACGCAUGGCUGCCUGGGAAGCGCGGAGCGACCGCGAGACCGCCAGACGGCGACCAGUCCCGACGUCGUUCGUCUGGUGGGGCGUGCCGUGGUGCAGAGAUGGGAACGGUGUGGUGGACGCGCCUGCGGCGCGUGUACUCACCGCGUACGUGUACCACAGAAGACCUGUCGAGAGUCGG